AUGAAGGUAUAUCUAUCGCUGAUAUGCAUAUGGUGUGUUGUGACAAUAUGUCAAGCUGGCUUUGUACGUGUAUUUGAAGAUAAUUUCGAUUAUGAUGGUGGUGUUGAUCUUAAUAAAUGGGAUUUCGAUGUCGGUGGUCAUGGAUGGGGAAAUAAUGAAGAACAAUAUUAUACACACAAUCGACGGGAAAAUGCUCGUUGUGAACGUUUUCCAGGUAGUGGAAAUGGUCGUUUGAUCAUUGAAGCACGUAGAGAAAAUUUUGAGGGUCGUAGGUUCACUUCAGCUCGUUUGAAGAGUAAAGCUGACUGGACAUAUGGUCGUUUACAAAUUCGUGCUAAACUUCCAGUUGGUCGUGGUCUAUGGCCAGCACUUUGGUUGUUACCUCGAAGAUCAGUUUAUAGUGCUCAGUAUUGGCCAGAUAAUGGUGAAAUUGAUUUAAUGGAACAAGUUGGUUAUGAUCCACACCGGAUUCAUUCAACAGUUCAUACAAAAGCUAAUAAUCAUAUGUUAGGUAAUCAUCCAAGUCAUUCUGUUAUUGUUGGUGAUGCUACAUCAAAUUUUAAAAUUUAUACACUUGACUGGAAUGUUGAUAAAAUUGAAAUGUUUGUUGGCGAUGAAGGUAAUCCAUUUCAAACAAGAAUUUUUAUUUGGAAUAAACAUGGAGAUUGGACUACAUGGCCAUUUGAUCAACCAUUUUUUGUUCUUCUUAACGUUGCUGUUGGUGGUUUCUGGGGUGGUUCACAAGGCGUUGAUGAAAACGUUUCAGGUCGAAUGGAAGUCGAUUGGGUUUAUUAUUAUCAAUGGCGUUAA